AUGGCUUAUAUCGAAGAGGAGGCCAAGCAAAUUCAAGGGACAGAUGGAGUCCCACAUCAGCUGCCUCCUGAUUCCUCGAGAUCUUCUUCGAUUCCGCAGCAGAGUAGCAUGGUUGGUGCUGAUGAUGUCAAGUUUCAAAUAAUGGAUAAGCUCACUUCUCAUCGCCAUGAUCUAGAAAUCACUUCCAUUGUAGGGAUGGGCGGCUCGGGUAAGACCACUCUUGCUAGAAAUAUUUAUGAGGAACGUCUUAUUAAGAAGCAUUUUCAUAUUUGUGCUUGGGCUACUAUCUCUCAAGAAUAUACCAUUAGAGAAAUUUUUGCAGUAUUUUUUCGUCAGUUCAAUAUAGGAGUUGAUGACAAUUUGAGUGAGCAGGAAUUAGGAAAAGAAUUGCAUCAACAUCUUUAUCGAAGAAGGUACCUAAUUAUAAUGGAUGAUAUGUGGAGCAUUGACGCAUGGGAUAGAGUUAGGAAAUAUUUUCCGGAUAACAAAAACGGUAGCAGAGUAGUGGUAACAACUAGGCUAUCAGAUUUGGCUUCUAAAUUAUCUAACUCUGAUAUCAUUGGGAUAGAACUUUUGGAUGAGGCUGAAAGUUGGGAGCUUCUCUCAAAAAUUGUGUUUGGGAAAGAAGGUUGGCCUCUUGAAUUGGAGGAAAUCGGAAAAAAGAUAGGAAAAAGUUGCAAAGGACUUCCAUUGUCAAUUGUUGUGAUGGGAGGCCUUUUGGCCAAGUCCAAACGUGAAAGAGAGUGUUGGGAAGAGAUAGGGGAAAACUUGAAUGCAAGUGUUAAUUUAGAGGAUGAUGAACGUUGCUUGAAAAUACUAUACAUGAGUUACAAGCAAUUGCCAAUACAUUUGAAACCAUGUUUUCUCUAUAUGGGAGUUUUUCCUGAAGAUGAGGAGAUUAGUACGUCAGAGCUCAUUAGAUAUUGGGUUGUGGAAGGAUUUGUGAAAGCAGUAAGUGGGAAAAUGUUGGAAGAGAUAGCAAAAGAGUAUUUAAAAGACCUUAUUGGUAGAAAUCUUAUUUUAAGGCGUACUAGAGCAAAGAAGAGAUGCAAAAUUCAUGACUUGUUGAGAGACUUGUGCUUGAGAGAAGCUGAAAAAGAAAGGUUUUAUAAUAGAGCAUCAGAUAAUGUAGGCAUAAGCGUCUUGCCGCCUAUGUCACAAGCUCGUUGUUUGACGUGGAAUGUUGGACGAGAAAUAUCACCUCUGAAUAUGAGUUUGUUGAGGAUAGUGAAAAUAACUGGAUACCAAUGGGUCGAAGAAGAAUUAUUUGGACAGGCGGAUCAAUUAGUUAACUCACGAUUCCUUGAAAUAGGUCAUCACACAAUAAGAUGGGGGAUUUUUCCUUGUUCAAUAUGGCGAUUUUGGAAUCUACAAACACUAAUUGUUUACACCGACAGAGAAGUUAUUACUGCGCCAACUGAUUUUUGGUACAUGCCUCACAUCAGACAUGUUGAGUUCAACAAAGGUCUUCGUCUGCCAGAUCCUCCUAACGACCAAGAUGACAUUGUUUUGGGAAAUCUGCAAAGCCUGGGGGAAGUGUUAGAUUUCAAGUGUAGCGAACAAGUGGUCAAAAAAAUUCCCAAUAUAAAAAAAUUGGUUUUUAAGAAUAGGGGAGAGUACUGUGAUGAUGAGAUGUAUUGUUUGAGCAAUCUCGAUUGUCUAACUAAACUUGAGUCCUUGGAUUGCGAGUUUUCUGGAAAGUGUGUAAUCAACUUUCCCCAUUCGCUCAAGAGAUUGAAUCUUUCUAGCAUGGAUGAUGAUUAUUGGUGGGAAGACAUAUUGGAUAAGGUAGGUGUGUUGCCCCAUCUUCAAAAACUCGCACUCCAUGGGGGGAGUUUCAACAGAGGGAAGUGGGAAACAACUGAAGGCCAAUUUCACAGGCUCAAAUUCUUGACUCUUAGCUUAUGUCUUAAUCUAGAAAUCUGGAAAAUUGAAAGCUCCCACUUUCCAUGCCUUGAGCGCCUUCAUCUUAUUGUAGUAAUGAAGUUGCAGGAAAUCCCUUUAGAUUUCGCAGAAAUACCCACACUUAGAGAAAUUUUUAUGGAUUGGUGCAGCAAUUCGGCGGUGGUUUCUUUAAAAAGAAUAUCAGAUGAACACGCGGACUAUUACGGGGAAGGAGCCCUUCAAGUUCGCUUUGACCUCUCGAGUGAUGACGAAGCAGAAUUUGGAGAGGUCUAA